CUUGAAUUUGUGUGCUUUUUAAUUUGAUCGAAUUGAUCAAAGUUAGAAUUAAUAAUAGAUAUAUAUAUCUAUCAUGAAGAAGACGAAAGUGGUGGUGAUGAAAGACAUGACGAGGAGGAACACCGGAGCACCGCCCACUUCUUCCGCCAACAACAACGUUCGCUACGCCGAAUGCCAACGGAACCAUGCGGCCAACAUCGGCGGACACGCCGUCGAUGGCUGCCGGGAGUUCAUGCCAUGCGGCGCCGAGGGGACCGCCGCCGCCCUCACCUGCGCGGCUUGCGGCUGUCACAGGAAUUUCCACAGGAGGGAAGACCGACCAACCCUAAACUAGCUAUAUAUUUUUAGCUCAUUUUUAUUUAUUUAUUUAUUUUUUAUUAUUAGUGUGUACUCAGGCAAAUGUCUGAUCAAUUCAGAUAAGAGGUCUUAACCAUUCAGACUCUGUAUAAUACUUAACCAUUCAGAGGCAAAUCUCUUAACCAUUCAGACAUCUGAACCAUUAAGAGGCUGAAACAAACAGUCUGAACCAUUAAGUGCUGAACCAUUCAGACAUCUGAACCAUUAAAAGGCUAAAACAAACAGCCCCUUAGACUUUAUAUAUGUCGUUUGAAGCUUAACAACUGCCCUAUAACUCAGUUUU